AUGUUCUCCUCUCUGCUCCGCGGUAGCACAAUCGCGCUAAGAACAGCGUCUGCCCGGUCUGCGUUGCGUCCUGUGGCUGCCAUUUCCAGGACUUCCCUAGUGUCGCCGCUACGUGCGUACUCAACAGGCUUGAACCGCGACGAUAUCAGCGCCCGUGUGAUUGACGUGGUCAAGGCGUUUGACAAAACUACUGCCAGUGCUCAGGUCACUGCCGAUACGCAUUUUGCCAAGGAUCUUGGCCUAGACUCGCUCGACACGGUCGAGUUGCUGGUGGCCAUCGAGGAGGAGUUCGACGUUGAAAUCCCAGACAAGGUCGCUGACGAGAUCAAGAGCGUGGCAGAAGCCGUGCAAUACAUCGCGUCGAACCCAGAAGCCAACUGA